AAUUGCACCAAACCCACUGAUUCUUCCCCUGUGACUUCUCCAAGAGGCCAUGGGACCACUCAGCCCAAGGAAGGUGUCCCACAGAGUGCGUGGAGCCGCAACACAAGGCCAGCUCUCCUACAUGGUUCGCUUCAGUGGCCAAAGACAUGUGCUUCACAUGAGAGUCAAGAAGAGCUUGCUGCCCAGGCAUUUUCCUGUUAUCACCGAUAAUGACCAAGGCGCCGUGCAGGAGGACUACCCUUUUAUCCCCCGAGACUGUUACUACUUUAGCUACCUGGAAGGGGUUCCUGGGUCCAUGGGCACACUGGACACCUGCUAUGGGGGUCUGCGUGGCAUGCUGCAGGUGGAUGACUUCACUUACGAAAUCAAACCACUGGAGGCUUCUUCCAAAUUCGAGCAUUUGAUUUCUCAGCUUGUGUCGCAAAAAACACCAGCAGAGGAUGCAAAAUGUAAGAUUGAAAGGAAAGAUACAAAUCAAGAAGAUGAGGAGGCGAUGAUUGCUGAGAUGCCUAGAGCAGCUCCUGUGUAUUUGUGGUGGCCGCAUAGGAAAUACUUAAAAAUUCACUACACAGUUUCUAACUCAUUAGUUGUUCAGAACCCUAAUCAUACACGACAUAAAAUCGCUGGAUCCUCAUAUUAUAGCAGCCAUGAAGGAAUAUGCAACCCCAAUUGGGGAGCAUCGUUUGUAUUUGUUUCAAAUUAUCACAUAUUUUUAGCUUCAACUGUUGCAGCACAUGCAAUAGGUCAUGUUAUGGGCUGUGUACACGAUGGUCCAGGUUGUCACUGUUUUCGAAGAAAUCACUGCAUCAUGGCUCCUGAGCCUGGUCUUCUAGAUAUGAUGAGCAAUUGUACAUACAGCAAACUGCAUCAACGGGUUUCUAUGUGGGAUCCUUGUUUGAGUAUACCAAACGUACCAUACAGUAAUUUUCCUUAUGUAGCUCCUCGCUGUGGUGACAAGAUCAUAAAUCAGAGGGAAGAAUGUGACUGUGGCACCUUAAAAGACUGUGCUAGGGAUCCGUGUUGUCAGAACCAUUGUGUCCUCACCAAUGGCAGUGAUUGCAGUGAAGGAAGUUGCUGCUUUAAGUGUAAAUAUGCUCAACCUGGAACUCUUUGCAGAGAUACUCUUGGUAUUUGUGAUCUACCAGAAUACUGUAAUGGGACAACGCAUGUUUGUCCAGCUGACACUUAUAUCCAGGAUGGAACCCCAUGUUCACCAUUAGCUGUUUGUAUGAAGGGGAACUGUAGUGACCGUGAUAUGCAGUGUCAAGCCCUCUUUGGCUAUAAAGUAAAAGAUGCUGCAGCAGCAUGCUAUAAAACAUUGAAUAUCAUAGGUGACCGAUUUGGGAACUGUGGUGUGAGGUUACUUCAAGGAGGAGGAAACCCUGUAAAAUGUGAACAAGAUGAUGUUCUGUGUGGAAUGCUGCACUGUGCUAACGUGAAGGAACUUCCUGGUGGUGGGGAGCACACUACCUUUCAUCAUAUGGUAGUACAAGAUAUUAAACCAGAAAGCUGCUUUGGGUACGAUGCCCACUUUGGGACAGACUCACCGGAAAUGGGGCUUGUAGUGGAUGGUGCAUCAUGUGGCCCAGGAUCAUACUGUAAGGACCAAAAUUGUACUUUUUUUCAAGACUUGGGUUUUGACUGUGAUGUCAAGAUGUGCAAUUACAGAGGGGUAUGCAACAACCAAAGACAUUGUCACUGUCAGCAAGGUUGGAAACCACCAAAUUGUAGCGAGAGAGGACCAGGUGGCAGUGUAGAUAGUGGGCCCCCACCUGACAGAGAAAUAGGUAUUCGAGCCAGGCUACUAACGAAUAUAAACAGAGGAACAGCUCUACUGCUUCUUCGUCUUUUCCUUCUUUUGCUUUCAGCAGUUAUAGGUGCCUUUUACUAUGUAAAAGAUAUUAUGGAAAACGAAAACUAA